UUCGCGCCUUCUCGUUUUCGCCUCCUUCCGUUGCUGCCUACACCGGCAACUAUGCAGUGGCCGACGCAUUGCGCACGGCAUUGCAGGCACGUGCAAGCAACUUGCGCCGCAGGGCAACGUGUCACCUGUCACCACUCCGGAGAGAGAGCGAUGCAUACGCUACGGCCACCGCUGAUGUCCAUGGGGCCGCUGCUGCUUCGAGUUACCCUUUUCUUCCCAGCCGUUUUAGCGGCCAACCAAUGUGAACUCAAGGGUUGCCCCGAGCACAAGCCGGGUUAUAUCAACGUGCACCUGCUUAGUCACAGCCACAACGACGCUGGAUGGUAUUGGACGGUGGACACUAUGUACAACACAGUGCAAAUGAUCUACAACGGCGCGACGAGAGCUCUGUGGGACAAGCCCAGCCGACGCUACGUGUCAGCGGAGAACGUAUUCUUUUCGCGCUGGUGGUACGAGCAGUCGGUCGACAUGCGAAGAAAGGUUCGAAGUAUGGUGCAGUCAGGACGACUCCAGUUCGUUGGCGGCGGAUGGGUCCAAAACGACGAGGCGGUGACCCACUACACGGCCAUCAUUGACCAGAUGACGCUGGGACUGCGCUUCCUCAACGACACGUUCGGUCCCGACUGCGGCGUGCCCAGCGUAGCCUGGCAGGCCGACCCCUUUGGACACAGCAUCGCGCAGGCGGCACUUUUCGCCAGGAUGGGCUUCAGCAGCGCCAUGAUCGGCCGCAUAUCGUGGGACACCAAGAAAAACUUGCAGGAGGAACGUGCCAUGGAGUUUCUCUGGGAGGCCGACAGCCCUCAACAGGGGGGUGACGGUGGCCACAUCUUCACCUGGGUGCCCGAGCGCUAUUAUGAAACACCGCCGGGCCUCUGCUUCGCCUGGCCACCGAAAGACUGCACCCGAGAAGAGGUGGAACGUAGUCCGAACGUUCUCGUGGAGUACGCACAAUCACAGGCAAAAGUAUACACCAACGACACAGUGGCGGUGAUGGCCGGAUGCGACAUGUGCUUCACCUACGCUGAAAAACAAUUCGAGAGGCAAGAAGAAGUCUUGGCGAGGGCGAUUCCAAUAGCCGGAAAGCAGAAUCCACAAGUCCACGUGGUCUACUCGACGCCGGCGUGCUACGCACAGGCGCUUCAUGAGGCUUCUCGCACGUGGCCUAGCUUCUCGGACGACUUGCUGCCCUACUCAGAUCUGCCGGGGCGUACGUGGACGGGAUUUUAUACCACGCGACCCAACCUUAAGAUGUUCAUACGAUACGCAAAUGGAUUCCUCCAAGCCUGCAAGCAGCUCUCUCUCUAUGGUCGACAGGACGCCUCUGAGAGAGCAAGGGAGUUGGGUGAAGCGGUGGCCACGGUGCAGCACCACGACGGAGUCACGGGAACGUGCUCGAAUACAGCGGCUGGUGACUACAUCAACAGGAUACUCAAGGGCAUGGAUCAAUGUGAGGGGGUGAUCAGCACCAGCUUGGCAUCGCUGCUGAACCAGGGUGCGUCCAACUCCGGCGUAGACGGGCAUCAGCUGCACUUCUGCCAUCUCCUGAACCAGAGCGAGUGUCAGCUCACCGAAACACUAAGGGAGUUCACCGUGAUCGUCUACAACCCCGCCAGCGUGCCGGUGUCGCCAUACGUGCGACUGCCGCUGGGGGCCAGCGACCGGUCCGGCGUAACCGUCUCUGGGCCAGACGGUGCGAGGACCGAUUCCCAGGUUUUGCCUCUGGCCUCGCACGGCCACGGGAUCCCGGAGAGCAAGGGCCGAGCCACGACGUCGCUGGUGUUCCGGGCGAACGUCGAACCCCUGGGUACCAGCCCGUACAGCGUGCAGUACGAAGCGCCGGUCGAAACUUCGGCGUCUAAGCCGUACUUCGUGCACCCCGACGCCCGGAGCAGCUUCAUCGAAAACGAACGCUACCGCGUCGAGUGGAACCCGCAGACGGGCCUCGUCUCCGCCGUCGUGUUGAAAGGGCCGGGCUCGGCGGUGAAACUCCGGCAGACAUUCGCCGCCUACCUGAUCGAGCCAGAACAGCUGAAGGACGCGCAGCACCGUCCCGGACACUACACGUUCAGCGGACACAGCGACGCUCGGGAGAUCAGAAAUCCCCACAUUAGAGCUGUGAAGGGACACUUGGUUCAAGAAAUCCACCAGAGCUUCACAGGUUACGUCUCACAAGUCAUAUCCCUGCACAAGGACAGCCCAUUCAUCGAGUUCACCUGGACUGUGGGACCCUUGACGCUGCUAAUGCAGGAUAUGGGACGCAACAGGGCCACGGGCUGCGACGUCAUCAGCAAGUUCCAGAGCGACCUGCAGAGCGAUGGCUUCUACACGGAUAACAACGGCUGGAGGAACAUGCACAGGACGCUGACAUUUCAAGAUGGCAACCUGCCCAUCCCGGCUAACUACCACCCGGUUGUAUCGUGGAUCUACAUUGAGGACCAAGUGAAGGACCUGCAGAUGAUGAUCCUUCCAGACCGAGCCGAGGGGGGAACCAGCAUGCGACAGGGCCAUCUGGAGCUUAUGAUACACAGACGUCACUCCACAAACGACGAUCUGGGACUGCCCGAGAUUCUUCAGGAAGAUGGCGUCGACGGUGAGGGCGUGGUCGCCAGGGGCACGCACCGGCUUUUCCUCGGUUCUUCGUCCGAAGCUCGGCAGCUGAUGCGGCUGCAGGCGCUGCAGCUCGUAUACAGGCCAGUGAUCCUGGUAUCACCAGGGGAGUGGGUUCCCAAGAAGGACGCGUUUUCCACACUGAAGUCGCCGCUACCCAGCACGGUGCACGUGUUGACCUUGGAAAGGCUCUCGGGGUCCCAAGUGUUGCUCCGUCUCGAGCACCUGGCGAUCACCGACGACCCCGUGGAGGUCAACGUUACACGUCUACUCGCAGGCUACCGGCUGGACGACGUGAAGCCAGUCACCCUAGGUGCCAACCAGUAUCUGCCGGGCCCCGCUCGUCACAGUUGGCCCACAUCGGGCGCAGAUUCUCCAGAGCGCGUUCCCGACCUGAACAUGCCAACGCCUGAGACAAUCACGGUGCCAGAGACAGGAGACACCAUCGUGAAGCUCGCACCAGGAGAGAUUGCUUCUUUUCUGGCACAGCUAGCAGCCGAAUAAACAGCUUCAGACGUGAAA